AUGGCCGACCACGACCCUCACCCACACAACGGGCACGACGCGCAGCACGACGCCGCCCACGACCUCCAUUCCUCCGAUCCCGAUGCCAGCGCCCUCGGCGGCCCUGGCCCUGAUGGCGUCGACUCCCCCGUAUCCACCCCGAAAGAGCGCCACUCCCUCACCCUCGACCAACGCCGCGCCCUCCGCCGCUGGGCCAACGCGCAGACCAUCCGGCCCAGCCAUAAGGCCUGUAUAGACUGGUUCUAUAACCAGUACGGCCAACAUAUUUCCCAGUCUACCGUAUCCCACUCCCUCAGCCCAAAGUAUUCGCGUCUCGACGGCGACAACCCACAACUGAGCGGGUCGCGGCUGCGCUUUGGCAACUGGCCUGAUGUCGAGAAGCUCGUGCUUAGAUGGUACCAGCAGGUCCAGGCCACAGGACGCCAUCCGACGAACGAGGAGCUUGGGGAGAAGGCCAAAGCCAUCUUCACGGCUUUGCCACGCUACAAGGACGAGACCCCGCCCGAGUUCUCCCCCGGCUGGAUUCACAGGUUCAAGAAGCGGUACGGACUGCUUAUUAGGCGGCAGAGACGUCAUGGCGAGGGCGGGAUGAACCCUGCCGACGACAUCGGAUACCUUGCCGACUGCGUACCGCGAUUGAUGGCGCUCUCCGCUGAGACCAGCCCCGCCGCCAUUCGUGAGUCCGUCAUGCGUGCUCUAGGCGUCGAGGCAAGCUUGCAGACCUGCGCCCUCGUCCGCGACGAGGUCCUGCGCAGAAUCAGCAACGCAUCCUCAACAGGCCCGCUGUCCCCGACCACGGCGGCGGCAGCAGCAGCAGCCGUCCCGCCUCCGGAUCCACACAGCGCAGACACGAGCAUGGUCGCGCCCCCCGGGAGCGACACACCCAUGUACGGCGACGAGGACCCCGACAUUGUGCUGCAGAACGCGCUGCGCCAGCUGCAGCAGGAGGAGGCGGAAGCAGAGGCCACCGCGGCCGCGGCACGAGAGGAGCGCGAGCAGCGUGAACGCGCCCAGGGGACGGCCGCUGCUGCGCUGGCGACGCCGGCCAUCCAGCGGGCCACUUCCACGGCCUCGCGAUUCGUCCCAUCGACGCCCGAGCUCAACCUGACGCCAAUUAAGAAUGACGAUCCUGUCUCGGCGAACGAGCGGCCCCUGCGGUGUCCGUUCUGCGUGAACCAGAGGAUGCUUCGGACGAUCAAGGAGGCCGUGGAGCACAUGUCUACUCACGUAGUGGUAUGA